UCAAAACCACAUUUCAAAAUAUAUAUACUCGAAUAACAUGGUUUCCUUCUACGACCUGUUUUCUCCCUCUUGUAGAGUUUAAUUGACCAUUUUCAUGGUGCGGCAGGAUUCUAUGCUUGUGAUGCCGAUUUUCAUAGAUUAUCUCAUUUUUGUCUUGGUGUUUAUACCGUCAUUCGUGGUAUAUGUACCAUUGAAUAUGUUUCCUCCUUCAUUAGUUGUGGUUACAGUGUCUUCUAAGUCAAUUGUGGCGUUGGCAGCGGUGACUACAAGCCCUCUGUGGGGCUAUGGCAUCCAGAUGGGGGGGGGGGGGGGGGGGGAUAGGAAGACCCGAAGAUGGCUCUCAGAAAUGAUUCCUUGGGUGGCCAAUGUCACGCUGUGUGAUGUUGAUGUGGCUUUGGAUCGAUUUAUUGUCGAAAUUUGGAUGAGAUUCACGCAAUAACAAAUACAAAAAUCGAUUAGGAGCAUUUCUUGUAAUCUAUGCCGGCCUUGGUUACUUCUGUUGUUUUCUAUUUCACAUUUAUAUUAUUCUCAGCUCGACGUCCGUUUGAUGUUUUUGUAUUAGUUUUUAGCUUACAGUUUUCCAUGUUGUGAUUAGGAAGUCUUUUUGCUUCUCGUGUUGUGAUUACCCAAUCAUAUUGCUUCUAUGUGAGCGUCGAAGGAGUAGUGAUCGAUUCAUCAUUAUUUGUUUUGUUGUUUAUUAUUAUUGUUUAAAAAAUUGUGUUAUUUGUCAAUAAAGAAUUUAAAUCGAGACAGAGGCAAUAAUAAUCGUCAUUUUAAUUGCUAGAACAGAACUAUUAUUAAUAUUAGAAAUUACUCUAAAUAGGAGCCAAAAUGUUUUGAAAUUUCAAAAUAGUAGUAUCAUGUUUUUUUCUUUCCCUGAAUAGGAGUAAUAUGUCAAGUUCGGAAAAAAAUGCUAUGUUUUAAAGCCUAGUAAUGUCAAGCUUGACAUAAAUUUACUCACAUUCAAAGAAUAAAAAAUAUGAUAGUCCUAUUUUAGAAUUUCAAAACUUUUGUACUCAUAUUUAUUAGAAAUGACCGAAGAAAGUAUUUUUCAUGGGUACAAUUCAAACUCCAAAAGAAGAUAAACUAGCCGAGUAGCCGUUCCGGUUCAAAACUGACGGCUCUAGUUUAUCCAGAUGGUGAAAAUGGGUUAUGGGUCUACGGUGGUCCAGGCAAUUUAGCAAGAGGCCAUUUUCUAACCCCAAAAGCUUUGUCUAAAGUUUAGCUUGGUGGAAUGGUGGCCAUAGUCUUCGUCUUUACAGAUCCAUAGCUCAUCGUCCAAUCUCUGGAAUUCACCAAGCAAAUACCCAUAAUUAUCAACUAUGGGAACUCCAUAUUUCACAGAGAAACUUACCUCUCUCCCGUCGGCCAUGGGGACCCACUUCCCCAACCACACCCCGCCAUCAUCUUCAUCCUCUAGAACCCGAGAUUCCUCAAAUUCAAUUUUCUGGGAUUGAUGGUAGGCUUCUAGUUUAUCUUCUUCUGGAGUUUGAAUUGUACCCAUAAAAAUACUUUCUUUGGUCAUUGGGUAAACCUCAACUGACGAAAUCAUCUUUCUUUCCUCAAUCUUGGAUUCGCCAUGUUUGAAAUCCUCUGUUUUUUUAGAUUCGUAAUCCUGUGAAUCUUCUUCUUCUGAGGUUCUGUUGAUACCUGGUCCAGGAUCAGAAACUACGGUCUUUUGCUGCUCAAUGAAAGUCGGAUUCUGCUUCUCCUCAUUCUCUAGCCGUUGUUUGGCUUUUGCAAUUCUCUCGAAAUCCAGCUUCUUGGAAAGGUAAGCGCACGAAGCUGCUUCCUCUGUGUUGAACAUUCCCAGCCAAACGCGCCGCCCGGUGAACGGGUUUUUUAUCCGCGCCCCCCACUUUCCCCCCUUCUCCUCCCUAACCCCUGGGUUCGUGGCUCUCAGUCUAUGGCCCGAACCCAGAUUCGAAUCCGUAGGAGAAUCGGGUAACGGAUCAGGACCCGUAAUCGACUCGGGUAGCGGGUCAGGACCCGUUGUAGAAUCUCGUUGCGGAUCAGGACCCGUACGCGAAUCCGGUUUCGGAUAAGAACCCGUAGGCGAUUCGGGUUUCUGAACGAGAUCAGAGUCUGAAACGGGUUGACUAACCAAAUUCUUUCCAGAAUCGGAAUGCGGAUCCAAAACGGAUUCCUUCGCUGGAUCAUUCAAUUGGACAGGACAUGCAGUCUUUUUGCUAGUUUUAAUCUGCUUCUUUAUUCCUUGUUUGGUAUUCUUGAACUCCAGCUUCUUGUGAUGGUAAGCUAUACAAGCUGCUUCCUUGGAAUGGAAAGUUCCCAGCCAAACCUGCCGCCUCAGAACCGGGUCUCCGAUCACAGCACCCCAUUUCCCAUUAUCCAUUUUCCUUAACCCACGGUUCAAGCUUCUCGGGGUUUGCCCCUCAUCCAUGCACAAACCGGAUGGACUAGUCUCGACCUCCUUCUCUAUUCCUUGUUUGGCUUUCUGAAACUCUAGCUUCAUAGAAAUGUAAGCGUUCGAAGCUGCUUCCUCGGAAUCAAAAGUGCCCAGCCAAACCUGCCGUUUGAUAAACGGGUUUCUGAUUACAGCACCCCACUUCCCUCCCUUCAUUCUCCUUAACCCAGGCUUUGAUCUUCUCUGGGUUUGACCCGGAGACAUGUUCGAGUCGGGUUUCGGAUAUAGUUCUUCGGAAGCAAAAGUUUCCUCCAUUCCAUUUUUCUUCUGCAUCUCGGCAGAAACCAGAAGUCCAGAAAUGAAGAAUUCUUUUACUUUUUGCAGUACCAUACAUACCGUGGAGAAAGCCUGUUUUUAAAUUUUGAAAACAGUUUUAUGAAGAUUAUUUUUUAUUUUAUGUAAUUCUGAUGUUAUGCAACUUGUAUUGCUAGGGAGGUAACAUCUGUCAGGCUGACAGACACCACCGCAUACCUCGUGAAGAAGGGUCUCGACUAUCAUCAUAUUUUUUUUGAAUUUUGCUAAACUAUACGCUUUUACGCUACAUAAUGUUUGCAAACUAAAUUAAAAUCUGUAUAAGUAGCAAAAAUUAAAUAAAAUUUAAUUAAAAUUUGAUAUCUUAAUUAAGUGAACAAAGUAAAACUCUUUAACUCAAAAAAGUCAAAUUGUAACUUAAUUUGGGCACAAAUGCUAAAGGUACCCCAAAAUAUAACUCAUUUUUACCCUCACCCCCUAAUGUGUGGCCAUAUAUGGGCAAUUCAUUUAAUUGGGGCACCACUUAAAUGAAUUGGCCCAUUUAUGACCAUAAAUUAGGGGUUGGGGAAAAAUGAGGUACAUUUUGAGAUACUCCUAGCAAAACUCUAAACUCUAAUUUGGGACGAAAGGAGUCUUUGUUUAACUUUCUGAUCCCCUCCUUUUUCUUACUUCUUCUUUUCUUGUUUUCUCUUCCUAUUUUCUUCUUCUUGUUUUUCUAUUUUUUUCUUUUUUUUCCAUUUUUAUUCUUCUCUUUUUUCUUUUACUAUCUUUUGAUAUUUUACUAGAUUCUCACCCGUGCGAUGCACGAGACAUAGAUAAGUAGUAGUUAUAUCAUAUUGUUAGCAUUAUUAAUGAAUGUGUACAUUAUGCGUAAAGAGCGUAGAUGUAAGACACACACAAAGUUCUAAUUAAAGAAAAACAUAGUUUUUUCAGCAAUAAAAGAAAAAGAUAGUUUUGACUCAUAAUUGGUAGGAAGUGUGUUUUGGAAUAAGAAGGAAUAAAUAAGGGAUAUUUUGAGUUUGCACCCUAUUUUAUUGUCAAAAUUAGACUUUGCACCCCGAUUUUUAAAUCUUUAGUAUUUGCACCCGACCCUGUAUGAAAAGACUAAAAUGCCCCUCAAUUAACAAUUUUGUUGGCCUUCAUCAUAAUCCUGAUCAAGGGGCAUUUUAGUCUUUUCAUACGAGGUUGGGGUGCAAAUACUAAUGAUUUCAAAAACAGGGUGCAAAGUCUAAUUUGGAUAAUAAAAUGGGGUGCAAACUCAAAUUAUCCCAAUAAAUAAAUAUUACAAUAAGGUUUCUACAACCUACACAUUUCAAAACACUUAAUUGUAAAAAACAUUGACUGUAUGAUGGACUUGUUUGCCAUCUACACCACAAAUCAAUAUUUUCAAACCCUUAUAAUUUGUUACUCUCGAUAUACACUGCAAUAUAAAUUUUUUCUACAAAGACGUUACGGACAAUUCUCUCUUCAUUUGAUGUGUUUCGAGAAUCAAUUUCAGUAACAUCACAAUGUCGUUAGUUUUUUGAGUGAUUUGGUUCGUAAUUUUCUGUUCAAUAUAAAAAAUUCAGUCAAAAAAAUGAGAGUGUAAUGCACAUUAUUAGUUUAUUACUCAAAUAAAUGAUAUAGACGUUCCUCACACUAAAAAAUAGACAAACUUAAGAUAAUAAAAUACACAAACUUAAAAAAUACACAAACUUAAAAUGAGAGUGUAUGUCUUAUUUCUAAACUUGUUUAGUCUUUUUAAAAUAAUAAAUUCAUUAGAGCUUCUCAAAUAAGAGUGAAUGAGUACUGUUUUGCGAAUAAAAGAAUAAUAUUUCAAUUUAUGAACUUAAUCCUCAUUUUUUAGAUCCCGGUAGGCAAACCAUCUAAGUCGGUGGGGUAAAUGACGAGUAACAUUUGCCGAGUUUUAUUGAGGCUAGGAUAAAAAAUAAAAUACAAUCAAGAGAGGGGGUCCAAACCAAUACCUUUCCAGAAGAGGCAUACCUCUUCAAAAAAUAAGCGAAAAAUAAAAUAAAACAAAGACAAGACCUUACCCAACGUAAAACAAAAGAGAGAAUUCUCUAAAUAAGACUAAAAGAAGGUGGAAUUGCAAAAACAAGACAUAUUCACUACUAGAAAACUGUCUUACAGUGACACUUGUUCGUGACACUAUUCGAUUUAGUGUCACAAACUGAUGAAAUAACUGAAAGUUUACACAUAAGUAUCACUAAUUUCAGACACAAUAACAUCACCAUUUAAUAGUGACACUCAAGGUUAAAAAACGGGAUCAUAUUCAUAAUUUAUUAUUUUUUUGAGAUGACGUUUAUUUUAUAAAUUUUAACCCUAACCCUUCACAUACUCUUCGCAGGAGCGCAACUCACUCUCAACCUCCCAUCCUUCAUCUUCAACUGUUGCGCUUCAGUUCCAGUCUCUCUUCUGUCACAUAUAAUGCAACGACUUCAUUAAUUACCGUCGAACUCUUCCCUUCAGCAGCUCGGCUAGUCGCUAGGAUAGCCCCUUCCUCCGCGCCGACGACGAUGACGCCUUGUUGCCCUUACCGCUGCCGAUGACCUGGGGAUGGAAAAGUUGGUUGAGAUGGCCUUGAGAUGGCCUUGAGCGAGCUGGAAGUAAACUCAAGACAUCAACUUGCAGAAUGCCUUCAAGGGCUGAAUGAGUUUGCAGCUUUGUGGAGUUUUCUUGGCAAUGGAGGGUGUGUAUUGCGCUGUAGAUGGUAAGCCACGGGUCAUUUCUUUUUAGGUGGUGUAUGCUCGAUGCCAAGUUCAGUCACAUAGUGUAGGUCAGUGGCUCUUGAGGAUGACAUUGUGAAUUCAGUUCCGCGUUGUUUCUUUAUUUCAUGGUUUAGGAUGUUAAAAUUUUGUAUGCUCUAAAUCUAUUUUCAAUGUGUGGUACUUAGUUAUCUAUGAAAUAGAACAUGUUCUGAUCCCUUAUCAAUUUCAGGAAUUCAUGAUUUUCUACAUGUUUGGAUCUUACUCUAUUGUUUAAUACUUCCUCCGUCCUGCAAUUAAGUUACCACUUUCCUUUUUGGGCAGUCCCUAAAUUAAGUUCACACUUCCUUACUUUCCUUAUUUGGCAAAUUAUCUACAUCAAAAUAGUGUCAAACAGUGCAAAACAGUGUCAAACAAUGUCCAAACAGUGUUUGAAUAGUGCAAAAUAGUGUACUCCACAGUAAAGUCAAGUUUAUUUUCUUAAUAUGUGUGAAGUCAAAUCGGGAACUUAAUUGAGGGACGGAGAGAGUAUUAAAAGCGGUAACAUGUAGUUAUUAGUGUUUUUGAAAUCACAUUCCUUUGUCUGUUGCAGUUUGAAUUUCACAUUUCUUUGGAUUCAGUUUAUUUUUAGAAUUGUUAUUCAUAAGCCACAAUUCCAUUGUCUAGGGAGACAAUGUUCCAGAUCUGUUCAUCACAUGUGAAGCUACUUGCUUUCCUCCAGAAGUACUUAGAGAUGUGUACCCUUCUCAACAUAUGUAGUUAUUUGAGAAUCAUAUAUUUGACAAUUGGUUAAUAAAAUGUUUCUUUUAUUUAUAAUGCUUAAGAGCAGAUUGGUCAAGGUACGUAUAACACUGUACAUAUAGAGAUUGGCUAAAUAUAUGCUUAUAAUCCGUUUUCCUCAAAUGCUUUUCCAUCCUGAAGAAAUGGUGGAGUGGAGACAAAAUCUGCCUUCUUUACUUUGCCGGACUUGGAGACGUUUUGAACAUUCUCACAAUGUUCCUUUUAACUCAUGUUAUCACUCAAAGGCUUCUCCGGUUAUUGGAGCAUUAAACAUUAUGCUAGUGGAGCACGGCUUAUUUGAAGCAUCUUUUUACAUGACUCAUUCUUGGAGUUUGAACAAUUAACAAGUUCUUUCUUUCUUUCUAGCUAAAACGACUACACCAAGUUGGCUAGAUUGCUACAGAUGAGUGCGUAUUCUGCAGCUGCAUUUUUCAACUACCUUUUGGGUAAAUGUGCAAGGCAUAGAAGUCCACUUCUUGAAAUUUCAAAGCUUGGGUUAGUGGUAUUAGGGACCAUGGUUGUUAUAUGGUGGUCGUAUCUCUAUUCAAAAGAAGCAUAAUUGGAGGUUUUCACACGCCUAGCCCAGUUUGAGAGGGGCAUAUAUGAGGAUUAUGUGGCUUAUUUUUGUGCACAUCUUCUGUUCUUGUGAAGUGGAAGAGAUUGUUCAGUUCCCAAUCCUGAGCCUUCUUAGUGUUGCUAAUACCGUUGCUUCGUGUAUCUCUUCAAUGAUGAUGCUAAUUUUGGUGCCAAGCAAACCAAAUUUCUUGUAUGGGCUGCUCAGUAGUGCUUUAUAAUUUUACAUGUUCUCAUUUCAAGGUAGGUAUAUAUGACAAUCUGCUAUCUCCUUUAGUUUGUUAUUUCUCAUUUGUGCUUAUCAGGUUAUCAUAAACAAUUGUAUAGGUUAUUAACUUAUUAUGUUUGAAAAUUACUUGGGCAUUGUUCUUGUUGCGAC